AUGGCAAACAUUUUUGACACUAUUAUAGAAGGACUCCUUUGCCCGGAUAAUAAUCGUAUAAAAGAGGCUACAGUUCAGUUAUAUGAGGCCUUCAAGCAACCGGACGUUCUAUGGAAUCUGUGCGAAGUCCUGACAUCCACUCGUGCUGUGGAGGUGCGUCAAAUGACAGCUGUUCUACUGGAUAAGCGUCUAUCGGAUGCUGGGGUCUGGAACGGGUUAUCCUUUGAUCAGCAGAUGGGCGUCAAGAAAUAUUUAUUGGAGGCUUUGGUAGCCGAAAAGGUGCGAGCAGUAAAGAGUGCCAUCGGCCGAGUUGUUGGCACAUAUACUUUCGAACGAUGUGUUCUGGAUCCUAAUGAGAGCGAAUCGGAUUCUUAUACUUUUUCUGCCAUAGCCGAAUCGGCUACAACACACUUAGCGGAUGAGAUGCCCACUGUAUGCAAGAUGUUUGAGACCAUCAUGGUUAAUUCCGAUGCCCAGAACACUUUAGCCUCACGCACUGUGGCCAAUAUGUUUAACGGAAUGGGAUAUCUGAUUCCAUUUCUAGGGGAAUACCCAGCAGGUGCUGAGUUGAUAGUCAAGUUGAUGCCUCUGAUAUUGAAGACAGUACAAUUAAAUGCUCUUAAUGGUGAUGGCGCGGAAUUUACCUUAGUCUUUGCUAUAUUCGAUGCCCUUGCAGAGUAUGUUCCGAGGGCCUUUCACGAUACCGAAGCCGUGGCGAAAUUACUUCUGGAUGCGUCGGCGUGUGAGCAAAUCGAGAAGACAAUUCGACUUCAAUGUAUGUCAUUCAUUUCUGAGUUUAUGCGUGUGAGUAAGACAGAAAUUCUCAGACAGAAUAUGCUGCUGCCCAUCGUAAGAGUUCUAUUUGAAUUGAUAUGCAAGCAACCGGCCGAUAGCGAGGAUGACGAAUUGGAUGGCAAUAGUUAUGCGGAGGGGGCCAGUCAUGCCCUCGAUGAGAUAGCCAUGAUUGUGUCAGGUGACCAACUUUUGCCACUCUUGUUUCAGUUAAUGGAGCCGGCUAUCCAAAGUACGAACAAUCUUACUCGUCGGGCAGCCUAUAACUGCAUGGGCACUAUCUCUGAGGGUUGCAUGGAGAUCAUAUGCAAGCAAUACUUGGAAGUAAUGUUGAAUGUCAUCAAAACGGGCACACAGGAUCCCGAUUUGAGUGUGCGCGGUGCUGCUUUCUUUGCCCUGGGUCAGUUCUCGGAGAAUUUGAAUUGA